AUGUCUAAGCACGUGUGCUUGGUUCCGAAAGAGUGGUCUAAUAAGUACUACUCCCAAGAUGUGUUGGAAACAGUUCUCAAGAAAGACAUAUCUUGUUAUUCAAUCACUAAGAAGGUUGAAGGCGCAAAAAUCAACGUUAAUGGUACAACUGCCCAGCUGCGCUACCAUGGCGAUCAGCCGUGGAUGAGGAAGGAGCAGGACAAGAGGACCUUUCCCAACCCAAGAGAAUACUUCGGUGUCUACAUGUCCUGCAACGAUUGCAGAAAACCGUACGUAAUAUUCAUUUUAAAAAUAAAAUUUACCACUGCGUCCUUACAAUACUAUGCUCAGAAUUUCUGGCUGUGUAAGGAUGGCCAUAAUGAACAGGUAGCUCUCUAUUUGGGAGGAAACUAUGCAUUUUUUAUUGCCUGUAUUUACUAUUAA